GCAGGGCCCAUGGCGGCGCGGGGCUGGCGGCUGGCGGCGGCUGCGGCGCGGCCCGGUGGGGGCGGCCCGGGACGGGCACCGGGACCGGGUCCUGCCUCGGAACCGGCCCCGGGACCGGUCCCACAACCGGCUGCCCCCGCCGCAGCCUCGGUCUACGUGCAUUGGCCCUACUGCUGCAAGCGCUGCUCCUACUGCAACUUCAACACAUACGUGGUGCCGGCGGUGGACGAGGCGGCCGUGCGCGCCUGCCUGGUGCGGGAGGCACAAACCCUGCUCCGGCUCAGCCGGGUGAAGAGCGUCACCUCUGUGUUCUUCGGUGGGGGCACCCCCAGCCUGGCCAGCCCCGGCACCAUCACAGCGGUACUGGAGGCCGUGAUGGGGGCUGCCCAUCUCCCCGCUGGUGCCGAGGUCACUCUGGAAGCCAACCCCAGCUCCACCACCACAGCGCGGCUCGCUGGCUUCAAGGCAGCUGGUGUCAACCGCCUCUCCAUUGGCGUCCAGUCACUGGACGACGUCGAGCUGCGGCUGCUGGGCCGGGAGCACACAGCGGCAGAGGCACAGGCAGCCGUGGAGGCAGCACGGCAGCUCUUCCCCGGCCGGACCUCCAUCGACCUCCUCUUCGGGCUGCCGGGGCAGAGCCUGGGUGCCUGGACCCAAGGGCUGAAGGCGGCACUGGGGCUCUGCGAUGACCACAUCUCCCUGUACCAGCUGACACUGGAGAGGGGCACGGCACUGGCAGCACGAGUUUGGGGGGGAGCCCUGCCUGCACCCCCCCAGGACCUCCUGGCUGACAUGUACCAGACAGCCCGCACCAUGCUGCUGGCUGCUGGCUUCCGGCACUACGAGGUCUCCAACUUUGCAAGGAAGGUGGGGUGCCCCUAUGCUGUGCCCCCCAUGCUAUGCCACCCCUGCAGCAGGCUCAGCCCCCAUGUCACCCCAUACCACACUCUCCCACAGGGCGCCCUCAGUACCCACAACCUCUCCUACUGGCGGGCUGAGCAGUACAUCGGCGUGGGCCCUGGGGCACACGGGCGGUUUGUGCCGCACGGUGAGGGUGGCUGCAGCCGGGAAGCCCGUGUCCAGAUGCUGGAGCCCAUCGCCUGGAUGCGGGCAGUGCAGAGCCGGGGGCAUGGCACCGGGAAGCGGGUGGUGCUGAGCCCGCUGGAACAGCUGGAGGAGGUGCUCGCCCUGGGGCUGCGGACAGACGAAGGCAUCACCCACAAGCGCUGGGGCCGGUUCUCCCCCCACCUCAGCCUGGAGGCCGUGUUCGGGGCGCCGGGGCAGGCGCUGCAGCAGCAGGGCUGGAUGGUGCUGGACGGCGGCGGCUUGCGGUGCACGGAGCGGGGCUUGGCCGUGCUGGACUCGCUGCUGCCCGACCUGCUCUGCCAGCUGCAGCGGCGCUGGGGCCCCACCGCACCGGGACCCGCACCGGGACCCGCACCGGGCGGCGGCACGGCCCCGAGAGGAAGUAGCGCGGCGCGCACCGGGCUCCGAGCGCUGUGAGCGGCGGCGGUGGUGCAGGACGACAACCGACGGUCGCUGCGUGCGGGUGCCGGGGCGGGGCGGACACCGGCGCCUGCGCACCGCCCGCGGGAAGCGGCGGCGUUACCAUGGCGUCCGGCCGCGGAGCACGGCGGGGCGGCGCGGCGGGGCAGGGGGGGACCCGGCCUGGCCUGACCCGGCGGGAGACCCUGGCCGGCACCUCGCAGGGUACGGCCCGACGGGACCUCCCCUUCCCCCCCCCCCCCCCCGGGGUACGACCCGGGCCCGGCUUGUGCCCUCAGCACGGCUUGGGUAUCCCCGGCGUUGAAGCCGCCGCAAACAGCCCCUUCCCCUCCCGUCCUGUGCAUCGUCCUCAUGUUUGUCCCCCUGGAAAGGCGCCCCAACUCCAGCUGGAGCGGCCGCAGGAUAGGGGGGUACAGAGCCCCCCGGUGGGUUUGACUUAGCUGGGGUCCUGCCCGGUGGUUCCCUGCACCCGGUGUGGCCGGGAGUUGGUAUUUAAGGUCUGUUUUGCUAUUUAAGAGCUUGUGAAAAUCCAUGUUUUGCUGUUGGAGUUGUGCUCAGGAGCUGUGUGCUUGUGCUUACAGCUGGGGUGGGAAACUGCAGGAGUUUGUUCUACCUGCGGGAAGCACAGGCGGUAUUUGUACCAUGUGUAGAAUAAAGUGUGAGACAGUCA